CAGCGAUCACAAACCAUCUUUACCGCUUCUUUGGCAAAUCUCAAUGAUACUGGAUCAUGAAACGUUUUCUUAGACGAGAGAAAAUGUCCUUCUUAUAAGAUUUUUUUUCUACUGUCGAUGCCUUUACAGUUUUACAGUCAUACCCGAGGAUCUGCAUCUUUCUUAAAGUUUCCAUAGUUCUUCUGAGGAGUUUUUUUUUUUUUCUGCAGAGCUGCAGCCAUGCAGCAGGAGCUUUUGUUCAAAGUCCUGGUAAUUGGGGACUUGGGAGUCGGAAAAACGUCCAUCAUCAAGCGGUACGUCCAUCAGAUCUUCUCCCAGCACUACCGAGCCACCAUCGGGGUGGACUUCGCCCUGAAAGUGCUGCAGUGGGACAAUGACACUGUAAUCCGGCUACAGCUGUGGGACAUAGCAGGGCAGGAGCGUUAUGGGAACAUGACUCGUGUCUAUUACCGGGAGGCAGUGGGAGCUCUGGUGGUGUUUGACGUGACGCGGGCCUCCACGUUCGACGCUGUGCUAAAGUGGAAGGAUGACCUGGACUCCAAGGUGACCCUGAACCAUGGGAGGCGUGUUCCAGCUGUACUCUUGGCCAACAAGUCAGACCAGCUGGCUUCCCAGCAGCCUAAACUCGACUCCUUCUGCAGGGAGAACGGCUUCGUUGGCUGGUUCGAGACCUCGGCAAAGGAAAACACAAACAUUGAAGAGGCAGCGCGCUGCUUGGUAGAGCACAUCCUGAACAACGAGGAGAGCCCGGUGACAGAGCGAGACCCGGGCUCCCUCGUCCUGUCUGGAUACACUAACACCGCAAAGGAUCAUCUCAACUGCUCGUCAUGUGUGAAGUGGUGACUCCUUAACAGUCACAGACAACUAAGGAGUUAACGGCUGCGCGACCACAGCCACAGAGAUAAGUUUGGCUCAGGGACUGUAAAAAAACGUAAAAUAAAAAAAUGUCCACAGGCUGUGUUCACACUGCAGGCCAACAU